AUGGGCUUUCUAACAAUCCCCGAGCUGAAUACUCGACAAGGUACUUUGCGUGCCUAUCACUUGACUGCUAUUGUUUUUAUCUCAUCAUUCCUCUCGGCCUAUGAUUCCGGUAUUGCAGGUGGUAUCUUAACCUACCAGUCAUUUCAAGAUGAUUUCAGAUUCACCGCAGCCCACAAGUCCAAAGUCUCGUCUCUAACUGUCGGUCUGGAACAACUGGGCUCGUUCGUUGCAGCCAUGCUUGUUUACCCUUUGACCAACAAAUAUGGGCGUAAAGUAUGCAUCAUUGGCUCAACUGCUCUUUUCGUCAUUGGUGUGAUCAUCCAGGUCAAUAAAACACACUCGUUAGGAGCCUGGUAUGUUGGCCGUAUCGUAUCGGGCCUGGGCAUGGGUGGCCAGAGUGUGGUGAUUCCUAUGUACUCCGCAGAGAUGACUCCUAAAGAGAUUCGUGGUCGAUGUGGUUCUUUCUAUCAAUGGCUGUACGCUUGGGGGGUCUUUCUCGCUUAUUGGGUCGACUAUGGUGUGGCCCAGAACCCUUCAAUUGCUGGCACCUCGCGCGAGUGGCAGAUUCCUGUCGCCCUGCAGUUAAUCUCAGGUGGCAUUCUAUUGCUCGCUACUUUGACGCUUCCAGAAUCUAUCCGUUGGCUCUUGACUCAGAACCGCACUGAUGAUGCAUGGAAGGCAAUCACCUGGGUCCGUGGAGGCGAUACCCCAAAGACUCGCGAAGAGUUCACUGAAACACAACUCGGUCUUCAGGCUGAGCAGGCCGAAAGGGAGAACUUCUCAUAUCGCGAGCUUCUAGAGCCAGCUAACCGUCUUCGUUUCAUCGUUGGCCCCGUCCUCUUUAUCUUCCAGAACGCUACUGGAAGUAGUGCCCUGGCUGUAUUUGCGCCGCAGUACUUCAAGCUCAUAGCUGGCAGUGAUGAAAAUCGCAACAUGCUACUCACUGGACUGUUUGGUGCUGUUAAAGUUAUCGCCUGUACCUUCUUUAUUUGGGUUCUCGCUGAACGUAUCAGUCGUCGCAUGACUCUUGUCAGUGGAUCGGCAUUGAUGGCAAUUUGCAUGCUGAUUACUGCGUUGAUUGUGGACUUUGUUCCAACUCAAUCAUCCACUAAUGUGACCUCUGCCGGAAGGGCUACUGUGGCGAUGAUAUUUCUGGACAUCAUGAUCUAUAACUGCUCCUGGGGACCACUUCCGUGGGCCUAUGUACCUGAGAUCUUUCCGACGCGUAUUCGUGCACUGGGCUUGGCUGUCAGUAUGCUGGCGCACUGGGCAUCUUCAUUCUGCUUCUCCUUCGCGAGUCCAUAUAUGAUUCAGAAUGUCGGCGCCAACACGUUUCUGAUUUUCAUGGGCUUUGAUGUAUUAGCCACCGUCUUCUGUUGGUUUUUCGUCAAGGAGACUCGUGGGAAGAAUCUUGAGGUGGCCGCUGGAACCGAAUGGGAGGCAGCCGUGCGCAGUUCCUCUGACGAUGGCGAGAAAGGUACUGUUUUGGGUCAGGAUGGCAAGAAGGUGCAGCUUGUCAGCGUUCAUGAAAACUUCCAUGCCAACAUCAAGCAACGAUCCUGA